CGCGCGGCGCUCCGCCCCGCCACGUGACUUCCCAGCAUGCCCCGCAAGCGGCCGUUCAGCGCGAAGCGGAAGAAACAGCAGCUCCGCGAUCGGCGCGAACGGAAACGGAGCGAUGCCCCGCCAGGGCCGGACUCGGGCGCUGGCAGCCGGGAGCGAAGCAGCGAUGCGGCCGCUGGUGAAACGGGAGACUCGGCCCCGCCUCCCCGUCGCCACGACCCCAAUAGGUUCCGGUUACAGCUGGGGGGGCCGCGGGCCGAGGCCUUGGCGCGACGCCGCCGCCGAGCUCAGGAGGAGCUGCUGGAGCUGCUGCCCGAAACCGCGCUUGAGCUGGACCCCGACAGCAUCUACGGCCCCGGGCUGGAUUUCCCCCGUCGGCCGCCCUGGAGCUUCGCCAUGAGCCGGGAGGAGCUGCGGAGGCGGGAGGAGGCGGCUUUCAGCUCUUUCCUCCAAGCCCUUCAAAAAACCCAGCGCCCCGGGGGGGCUGAGGACGGGGGGGCCGACGAGGACGGAGGCGACGUGGCUCCCUUCGAGCACAACCUGGAGACGUGGCGGCAGCUUUGGCGGGUGCUGGAGAUGUCCGACAUCAUCCUCCUCAUCACUGAUGCCCGGCACCCGGCGCUGAAUGUGCCACCGGCCUUGGCCACCCACGUCACGCGGGAGCUGGGGAAGGGCCUGAUCCUCAUCCUCAACAAAGUGGAUUUGACCUCGCCGGCUGUGGCUGUCGCUUGGAGUCACCUCCUGCGCCGUCGUUUCCCCGCUGCCCAUGUUGUCCCCUUCACCUCAGCCCCCCGACGCAGCCCCGCGCCCGGUAGAACCCCAGGGCUGCAGCGGCGGCAGAAACGGGGGGGUGGCUGGAGCCGGGCUGUGGGACCCCGCCAGCUGCUGGAGGCCUGUGAGAGCAUUGUGGGGGAAGAAGUGGACUUGAGCAGCUGGCGAGCGCGGCUGGAUCGAGCGGAGGAGGCGGCAGCACGGGGGGAGGAAGAGGAGGAGGAAGAGCAGCCGCAGCAGGAGGAGGUGGAGGAAGAGGAGGAGGAGGAGGACGGGGAUGAAGACGGCGUUGCGGGGGGCCCCCCCCGGCAGUGGGAGCGUUACCGCCAUGGCAUCCUCACCCUGGGCUGUGUUGGCCUGCCGAAUGCCGGCAAGUCAUCGGUGCUGAACGCGCUGGUGGGCCGGGGCGCUGUCAGCGUUUCCCGUGCCCCCGGUCGCACCCGGUAUUUCCAAACCCAUUUCCUCACCCCCUGCGUCCGUCUCUGCGACUGCCCGGGCCUUGUCUUCCCUUCCCACGCACCCCCAGCUCUCCAGGUGCUGGCAGGGGUGUACCCCAUUUCGCAGCUGCAGGAGCCCUACACGCCUGUGGGGUACCUGGCCUCCCGCCUCUCCCUCCCACCACUCCUCCAGCUCCGGCCCCCCAGUGCUGCUGCCGGUUGGACCGCUUGGGAUAUCUGCGAAGCAUGGGCGGAAAAACGAGGCUACAAGACGGCGAAAGCAGCUCGCAACGACGUCUACCGGGCGGCCAACAGCAUCCUGCGCCUGGCAGCCGAGGGACGACUCCGCCUCUGCCUGCGCCCCCCCGGCUACGCUGCCCAAAAGGAUUUGUGGGAGCAGCACCCCGAGACGGCAGCGCUGGCGGCUCUGCAGGAGGCGGGGGGGGAGCGGGGCUCUGCCCCCCCGGAGGAAGGCUCAACCUCGGAGGAGGAGUGUGACAGUGAUGAGGCAGCGGAGCCUGGGGAGGCCACGCCCCCUGCCAGCCCCACCCCCAACCCCUUUGCACUGCUGGGAGAAGAUGAGUGUUAAGCCCCACCCCUUGGGAGGUGGAGCCUAAGAGAGGCUCAGCCCCUUACCGCUACACUAAUACCAUAUAUGGAAUAAAGGGUUUAUUUCUGCA